ACCAAUAUUAUUGUAUAGAAGUCACGUCCAAAUUGAUUAAUCUAUCGCCAAUUUGAGAGGGAUUUAUGGUUUUCAAAGGGUUCUCUCUUUCUCUCUGAUUAUUUUCUUGGAGUCAUAUCGGAUGAAGUCAGGGAGAUUCUGACAGUUGCAACAAAUUCAUUUUGGAUGUAUGCACAACUAAAGUUUUGUUGUGGGUUGUUACUGGUUUGGUAGAAAAUCAGGAGUUUCUGAUAAGUGAGAAGAGGCAUCUCUUUCUCUCUUUCUUUCAUUUUAUUUUCUGUUAUUCUUCGAAAGGUCUAAGAAUCAAUUAGCAAAAAUUGUUUGAAUAUAUGCCAAAAAAUGUAUAUGUGGGUCAUAGGAUUGCUUCCUCUAUGAAACUCAAGAAUCUGGGUGGAGCUAGCGAAGGACCUGAUAUUUUGCUGCUUCCUUUCUUGAAUCUGUGGAUUGUAACAUAUUUGAAUGCCAUGAAAUUUCUUAGUCUGGUAGGCAAUUCCUUUGGCUGCUCGGCGUCCGGUGAACGCCUGGUUUCGGCAGCCCGGGACGGGGAUCUUCAAGAAGCCAAAGCUUUAUUGGAGUACAACCCCCGCCUUGCAAGGUAUUCAACUUUCGGAGUUCGUAAUUCACCCCUCCAUUACUCUGCAGCUCAAGGCCACCAUGAGAUUGUCUCUCUGUUGCUUGAGUCAGGAGUCGAUAUUAAUCUCAGGAAUUAUCGUGGGCAGACUGCUUUGAUGCAAGCGUGUCAAUAUGGUCACUGGGAGGUUGUUCAGACUCUGGUUCUCUUCAAAGCCAAUAUCCACAGAGCGGAUUAUCUGAAUGGUGGAACUGCACUUCACUUGGCUGCUUUGAAUGGACAUUCUCGAUGCAUUCGGCUUCUCCUUGCAGAUUAUAUUCCUAGCAUUCCCAAUAUUUGGAAUAUCUUAAGGAAAUCCUCGAAAAAUGAAGGUUCCAUCUCAGGAUUCAAUAAAGGCGCACUCCAUCAGAUGAUUAAUAGACCUUCUGAUGGAGGGAUUACCGCCCUUCACAUGGCUGCACUGAAUGGGCAUGUUGAAACUGUUCAAUUACUCCUCGACUUGGGAGCUUCUGUUUCUGAGAUCACAGUCGAAGAUGGAACUACAAUUGAUUUAAUAGGUGCAGGGAGCACCCCUCUUCAUUAUGCCGCAUGUGGUGGGAAUGCACAAUGCUGCCAGAUCUUGCUUGCCAGAGGUGCCAGUCUGAGCGCUGAAAAUGCAAAUGGAUGGAAACCAUUGAUGGUCGCACAAUCAUGGCAUAGAGAUUGGCUUGAGGAAAUUCUUGGCAGCAUGCCAAAAGACAAGCCUCAACUUCUUCCUUCUCCAUAUUUAUGUCUUCCCCUUAUGAGCAUUGUCAAAAUUGCUAGAGAGUGUGGAUGGAGGAACAGGGAUAAUGACCCUGUUGACCCUUGUGUUGUAUGUUUGGAAAGAAAGUGCACUGUGGCUGCAGAAGGUUGUGAUCAUGAGUUCUGCAUACAGUGUGCUCUUUACCUCUGUUCCACAAACAGCACCUCAACCAGGGCUCCCGGCCCAGCCGGCUCGAUCGCAUGCCCUCUCUGCCGCCACGGAAUAGUAUCCUUCGCCAAGCUUGCCAGCACGACGCCAUUAGCGAAGGAGAUGUCAAGAACAAGUCUGCCAUUGACACUUUGUUCAUGCUCCGCCGACGAGCGGGAAAGCAACUCACUGGAAACCCCAUUUUGCAAGCCGGACUUCCAUUGCACUCGAAUUUCACCACUGGGAUCUUUCCGCUCCUUGAGCUUCCAGCGAUUUCCCGUGGUAAAACUCAACCCUAGCCUUUGCAUGGGAGCUCCAGAGGUUACCCCUUCUUUGGUUCAUAGAACUAGCAUUGACCGCGACAGGGAGCUUCGAAGCCCCGUUGCUAGGUGUUCAGGAUUGAACUUCAGACGUUCAACCUCUCAUGCUGAAGGCAGAAGGUCAUGGCUUUGCUCUCUCAACAAUGUGUAGGAACUGGCAACAGAUCCUGAUAAAAACAUACAUACAAAUGUGUAUUUCAUGAAAAAUCCUUUCAUCUUUUCUUGUACCUGUCCAUAAAUUCAUGUUCGUGACAUUUGUCUUCUUCGUGAAAGUUGACGGCUCUGUAAAUGCCAAAAUCAUGGUCACUGAAUCCUCUGGAUUCAUUUGAUAUUUUCUUUGCUUCUGCCUCCUCGAGCUUGCAAAUACACCUGUACUUCACCAAGUUGUAUGCAUAUUGCCCUUUAUCUCAACUUCAUUUUUGUCUUCUGCAAUACCUUGUGUGCGUAUAUUAUUAUGACAUUGGAAUUCUCAAUUUUAUUAGUCUGAAACAAUUUCCUA